AUGGGAGUCCUCAUGGAGCGAAUGGCGGAGGCAUCGGCAAAUGAACCUAGAGCUGGAACGGUUUUCUCAAUUAUUUUAUCUAUGAUAUCAAUGGCAGUUUUGGCAAUUUGUAUGACUCGUCGCGUUCAAAAUGUACAGGAUUGGUCUCGAUACCCUCUCGUUUGUUGGUUAUAUUAUUCGUCGAUCGUCAAAACCACGCAUCAAAGAUCCGCUUUACCUCUUCAACUCGAUUGGAUUGCUAAUUCCUUACUGUGUAGUCAUCGCGUUGAAUUUUAUCUUGUGAGUGUGGCUCCAAAUCUCUGUUGGAAAGGAGCUCUUGUUGAUUUAGAUUCCAAAGCCGAUUCGCCAAUUAUGAAAACGGCCUUCGAUAUAUUAGUCAACGUCUACCUAACAUCCUUGUUUCUCGUUCCACUACAAGGCUUGUACUCCUAUAAAAAUAACCCAAACUCACAAACACGUACCGUCGCACUCCGCACUUUUAUUGGAAGCUGUUGUGCGCUUACUUCUAGUGUCGUUAAUUUGACGUUAUUAUUGGUGCUGAGAGGUGAACCAGGCUGGAUAUGUCUUAUGUGUUGUAAUCUCGACAUACUCUUCAGUGUUCUGGUCCUGCAUUGGAUAACUUCCAAAGAUAAUGCUUCCACCUUCCUUCCGCGUCGUUCUCAAUCACAUACCCAUUCACAUACUCGUUCCUACCCCACAAUUCGCACUAGCGGCCUACCUUCUCCUACUUCUCCCCGUCCACUUAUUUCCAGUCCUCGUUCUACUCCCGAGAAUAUGGGAUUCUCGAAUCGAGAUCGUAUGUUUACGAGUAUAUGCGGUAUAAAUGGUGCAAAACCAGAUGAUUAUAGUUAUGCAAGGGAUGCUAUCGAUUUACCGACGGUUACGACUACUGUGACCGCGGGAGUAGGAGUCGAAGAUACGGUCGACGGAGAAGAUGAAGGGAAGUAUAGAGGGCUCGGGAAUGGAAAUGGAGAGACGGGGAUCAGGAAACCGAAAAUGGCGAUUACGGUAGAGAGGGAUCAUGUGAGGGAGGUGGUGGAGACGGGAAUUAGAAUUGUGAAUGAUCGUGAUUAUGAGAGGUUGAUUUUGACCCUGCCGAGGAGUAUUAGUGGGGGUGGUGGAAGUAUUGGGAUUGAAAUUGGAGAUGAGGAGAAAGAAAGGGGGAAUGGAAGGAUAGGGGAGGAAGAUGAUACGGAUAUUUCUUUUUGA